ACUGCGCUGCACUGCCUGCUCUCGUAAUGCCAAAGGAGUGCGUUUUGUCUUUAGUCAGAUUGGCUUCAUCAGUUCGUAUUUCCUUCUGAAUGGAUAAUAAAGUGGAGAAUCAUUUUGAGGCGAGGAGUGGAGCAGGGAGGCUGCGUGUGUGAGGAGCUAGGCAGUAGGCAGCUGACGAGGAGGAGUAAAGUAGCAAUAGCUGCACAGCUUUCUCUCUGCCUCUGAAGUACAAUAUUUUCUGUUGAGUCACAACUGAAGAGAAGGAUGAAGUUUUAACUGUACUUGGUACAGCCUGAGAAAGGGAAAAGAUGCACUGUUGUGGGGAACUAAAGAAUUUCUGUUGAGGGAUGCUCCUGGAAACCAAAAGGAUUUCUUCAUUUUUGGCUUUUACAAUCAUUGGCUUCUGCUGUUUUUUGCUUUUUGGAUUUUUAGUAGCUGUUUGCAUUUUUUAUUCCCUUCAAAACAUGCCUUCAACUUUAUGUGAUUUCUCAUCCUAGUGCUGCUGUGGAACGGGAAACUCUCGGUGCCUUUAACGUUGCUUUCCCUGAUACCUCAGAUGGGACACCAACAAUAUGUUGAUAAUCUCCAUAGUGAAAGUUCAUUAUCCGGUGAACCUUUAAGAAGAUUAGGAAUCCUUCAGGACUUGUAUUUUCUAUGAGAACAAGCUAUUGUAUUCUGUAGUUUUCUAUUAAUUCUAUAAAUUUCCUUUACAUUUUAACCUUUUGUUUUAUUUUGAAGCAGCAAGCUGCUUCAUGACAGAAUAAAAACUGGAUGCGAGUUGUGAUUGAUGUGUGCUUUUGCAGCUUGUAGCACUAUGAGAAACGCAGGUGCAGCUGAUGAUGUUUGCUAGAAGUAGAUUGAAAAAGCAAGAAAAUGAAAUUUCACUUCUGCACAGAAAACCUGUUGUAAAACUGUGGGGCAGGAAGCAAUUCCGGAAGCAAAAACUCCAUUUGUUUCUGCGGGACAAAAUGAAGAGGCUUCUUCAAGGCCAGGUAGAUGAUAAUUCAAACCAUGCACAUCGGUGCCAGCUAUCCCCAGUGGAGUUUGAAACAGACGUGUUUGUUUGUGGAAUAAAGAGGAGCCCCGGGAGCACUGAAUUUUCCACAGCUGGAGGGGAUUUUCAUCAGGAUGGAAGACGUGAUUCCAAGGCAGUCAGUGAAGUUUGUGUCGGUGAGGUGGAACUGAACUGGGAUGGCUAUGUGAAAAUACCGUGUUCAGUCCAGCAGAACAAGAAGGACUUGCAGGGAAAUUCUUCUGAUGGUAUCACACAGACCUCUUCUGAAAUAAAGAGCAGAGUGUCUGAGGGGCAGGACCUUUCUUCUCUGAGCAUUACCAUGAGCUGGAGGGAUGCAGCCGAAAGGCAAGGGUGCUUUCCCCAGGAGAAACCCACUGCAUACAAGAGCCGUAGGAGGCAAUCAAGAGAUCGCUCAGCUGAUGUGGUUGAUUACAUCGUUAAAGAGCUCCAGGGAAUAAGUCGAAUCCAGACGGAGAUCGCAGAGCUCCGUCAGCACCUCACCUUGAUAAAAGGCUCUGUGGAUGAAGUCUCCAGCUGCGUGGAUACAGUCUUGAGUGAGAUAGAAGGCCUACAAGGUGGUUCUGGUGGCAAAACCCAGGGUACACAUGCUCGAGAGCCAAGAAAGGAGGUACAAAAGGAAGAACCAGUAUUAUAUUUUUAUGGCAUCCCGGAGAAAGAUGGUGAAAACACAGUAGAGCUUAUCUGCAGCUUCUUGUCUGAGUAUCACUGCUUCAACGGUAUUCAGUGCAGUAAGUAUAUAAAAGAUGCUUAUAGAUCGGAUAUGGGUACAGGCAAGCCAUUAAUGCCAAGACCAGCAGUUGUGAAACUUGUCAGCUGUGAACAGAGAGACUUUAUCUUACAAAAGUCUAUCCUUCUGCAGAGCUCAGGGGUCCGGAUUGCUACCAGUGAGGAGCAAAAGCGGCAACUCCAAACGGACUUAUGCCAGGUGAAGAAUAAAAGCACGAGUAGGAAAGCACAGUGCUCAGGGCAGAGACCUGAUUCUGCACAGAAAUCAGCCUUGACUAAGGAAAGCAGCUCGGUGUCUGAGACUGGAAAGGAAGCACAAACAAUAAGCUGCAGUGAGCAGCCUUCAGAUGACAGUGACAUUCACCAGGUCCUUUGUGAACCUCUGCAAAAUCCACAGAUGACCGGUUUGGCCAAAUCAGGUGAUGGAAACCACUGCUGCUCAUCUGACUCGUCUGGCCAUGUGAAACAGAUGUGUUCUUCAAAUAAUGGUGGUGAGCACAGGCUUGAUGCUGAAAAUAUCACUAAGAAUUGCUCUUCCCUUCUAGAAAAAGAUGAGGGGAUAACCACAGAAGAAAUUGAAAUAGACUGUGAUACUUCAUGCAAACUAACCAGUGCAGAGAAAGUCGAUAUUCAAAGAGAAGAUGUUUCUAGUGGAGUGACAACCAUUAGCUAUGAUCAUACAACAGAUGAAAUGGCUGAUAGUAGUGACAGCUUGAAAGAUAUGAUCCAAAUGGACCUGAAUGAUCAAGAUCCAACUGAUCAGGUGUUUAGGGAUGUCCUGGAAAAUUCACAGUAUUUCCUUGACCAUUCCCGGGACAACAUUGAUCUUGUAGACAUGAAGUUUUACACCAAUAAGCUGGGGAAAGCUAUUCACCACUUCAGGUCUGCUCUGCAGGUGGUAUUUAAUAAACUGGAAACAAGUGAUUCUGAAAUGCUUUUGGAAAAUGAUAGUGGCUUACAGAUGGAUGAUGACAACACACUUAUGCUGACCAGUUCAGGUAUGGGUGGCAGCUCUGACAACUUUGCAGAAACCCCUCCUAGUCAGUCCUCUGAGAGCCAGGCAAACACAAAUGUCAACAGUGAAGCAUCUGCUCAGAUGCAAUUUGCUCCUUCCAGUCUUUCCUCUGUUCCUCACGAGCCUCCUGUUUCCAGUUUGGUGCCAUCAUCUGACUGUGAAAUCCCUACUGGGCAAUGCUUGCCUCCUGAGGAGCUUGGAGAAGAUGUGAACACCCUACCUGAGCCAGCGAAGGAGUGCAGACCCAUGAGCCUGGACAAGGUGUGCGCAGAGACCAUCUACCUGAACAAAUGCAUCAACAAUUUCAAAAAUGUGCUGAGGGAAAAGAGACAAAUGCGUAGGAGACUCUUAAAAGGAUUAGCGCAGGAAGGAAACGGGAUUUCUACUGAGGAGACAAAUUCAGAAGGAGGUAGAGGAGAGCUCCAGGGCCAAGAUGUGGCUGAUCCAUCAAAACCACCCUGGCUCAAAGGAGGGCCUGCAGGUGGUCUCUAUGGCAUCGAUAGCAUGCCUGAUCUACGCAAAAAAAAGCCAAUUCCACUUGUCAGUGAUCUGUCACUGGUUCAGUCCCGGAAAGCCGGAAUUACCUCAGCAAUGGCCACUAGAACAUCUCUCAAAGAUGAAGAGCUGAAAUCUCAUGUCUAUAAGAAGACCUUGCAAGCCUUAAUUUACCCCAUCUCUUGCACAACCCCACACAACUUUGAGGUGUGGACAGCCACAACUCCUACGUACUGCUACGAAUGCGAGGGGCUGCUGUGGGGUAUUGCACGGCAGGGAAUGCGCUGCGGGGAAUGUGGAGUCAAGUGCCAUGAGAAGUGCCAAGACUUGCUCAACGCUGACUGCUUACAGAGAGCAGCAGAGAAGAGCUCGAAGCAUGGAGCUGAAGACCGAACCCAGAAUUUCAUCAUGGCAAUGAAGGAUCGCAUGAAGAUCCGGGAGCGAAACAAGCCAGAGAUCUUUGACUUGAUCAGAGACGUGUUCUGUGAGAGCAAAAUGACACAUGCUCAGCAGAUGAAGACAGUGAAGCAGAGUGUGCUCGAUGGCACCUCAAAAUGGUCAGCAAAGAUCACGAUCACCGUGGUGUGUGCUCAGGGUCUGCAGGCCAAAGACAAGACUGGGUCCAGCGAUCCGUAUGUAACCGUUCAAGUGGGUAAAACAAAGAAGAGGACAAAAACGAUUUUUGGGAAUCUGAACCCUGUAUGGGAAGAGAAGUUUUACUUUGAGUGCCAUAAUUCCUCUGACCGGAUCAAGGUGCGAGUAUGGGAUGAAGAUGAUGACAUCAAGUCUCGUGUCAAGCAGAGACUGAAACGCGAGUCAGAUGAUUUCCUGGGGCAGACAAUCAUUGAAGUUCGUACUCUGAGCGGAGAGAUGGAUGUGUGGUACAACCUUGAGAAAAGAACAGAUAAGUCUGCAGUGUCUGGGGCUAUUCGUCUGCAAAUCAGUGUGGAGAUCAAAGGCGAGGAGAAGGUGGCUCCGUAUCAUAUUCAGUACACUUGCCUUCAUGAGAACCUCUUUCACCAUCUCACAGAUGUGCAAGGAAAUGGGGUGGUGAAGAUCCCUGAUGCCAAAGGAGAUGAUGCCUGGAAGGUGUAUUUUGACGAGACAGCUCAAGAGAUCGUGGAUGAAUUUGCAAUGCGUUACGGCAUUGAAUCAAUAUAUCAGGCCAUGACGCAUUUUGCAUGUCUCUCCUCUAAAUACAUGUGCCCAGGCGUGCCAGCUGUGAUGAGCACCUUACUUGCCAAUAUCAAUGCUUAUUAUGCACACACCACUGCCUCCACAAAUGUGUCUGCUUCGGACCGCUUUGCAGCCUCCAAUUUUGGGAAAGAACGAUUUGUGAAGCUUCUGGACCAGCUUCAUAAUUCACUUCGGAUUGAUCUCUCAAUGUACAGGAAUAACUUCCCAGCCAGCAGCCGUGAACGCCUGCAGGACCUGAAGUCUACAGUGGAUUUGCUGACCAGCAUCACUUUUUUCAGGAUGAAGGUCCAAGAGCUGCAGAGCCCACCCCGAGCCAGCCAGGUAGUGAAGGACUGUGUGAAAGCUUGUCUCAACUCCACCUACGAGUACAUUUUCAACAACUGUCAUGAGCUGUACAGUCGCGAGUACCAGACAGACCCUAAUAAAAAUCAGGACCUUCCUCCUGAGGAACAGGGCCCCAGCAUCAGGAACCUUGAUUUCUGGCCCAAGCUUAUCACUUUGAUAGUUUCCAUCAUAGAAGAGGACAAGAAUUCCUAUACCCCAGUCCUGAAUCAGUUUCCUCAGGAGCUUGCAGUUGGGAAGAUCAGCGCAGAGGUGAUGUGGAGUCUUUUUGCCCAGGAUAUGAAAUACGCCAUGGAAGAGCAUGAGAAACACAGACUGUGUAAAAGCGCGGACUAUAUGAAUUUACACUUCAAAGUGAAGUGGCUGUACAAUGAAUAUGUUCGUGAUCUGCCUGCCUUCAAGGGAAAAGUGCCUGAAUAUCCAGCGUGGUUUGAGCAAUUUGUGAUGCAGUGGCUGGAUGAAAAUGAAGAUGUUUCCUUAGACUUCCUGCAUGGUGCUCUGGAGAGAGAUAAAAAAGAUGGGUUCCAGCAAACGUCUGAGCAUGCUCUGUUCUCUUGCUCGGUGGUGGAUGUCUUCACCCAGCUCAAUCAGAGCUUUGAGAUCAUUAAGAAGCUGGAGUGCCCAGAUCCUGUCAUUGUUGCUCAUUAUAAUAGGAGGUUUGCUAAGACUAUUGGGAAAGUGCUGAUGCAGUAUGCUGACAUACUCUCCAAGAGCUUCGAGUCCUACUGUUCCAAGGAGAAACUGCCCUGCAUCCUGAUGAAUAACAUCCAACAACUGCGGGUGCAGCUGGAGAAGAUGUUUGAAGCCAUGGGUGGUAAAGAGUUGGAUGCAGAAGCAAGUGACCAUCUCAAAGAGCUCCAGGUGAAGCUGAACAACGUUUUGGAUGAGCUGAGUGCAGUGUUUGGUAACAGCUUUCAGACUCGUAUUGAUGAGUGCGUCAAGCAAAUGUCUGAUAUCCUCUGUCAAGUGAAAGGGACAGCAAAUUCUGCUGCUAAUGCCAGAAACACAGUUGCACAAGAUGCAGAUAAUGUCCUGAGGCCAUUGAUGGAUUUCCUGGAUGGAAACCUGACUCUGUUUGCAACAGUGUGUGAAAAGACAGUGUUGAAGCGGGUGCUGAAAGAGCUCUGGAGGGUGGUAAUGAAUACCAUGGAGAAGCUGAUUGUGCUGCCUCCUCUUACAGACCAUACGGGCACACAGUUGAUUUUCAGUGCUGCUAAGGAACUGGGACACUUGUCAAAGCUGAAGGAUCAUAUGGUGAGAGAAGAAACUAGGAGUCUCACUCCAAAGCAGUGUGCUGUUCUGGACCUGGCACUGGAUACAAUCAAACAAUAUUUCCAUGCUGGUGGGAAUGGUCUGAAAAAAACCUUCUUGGAGAAGAGUCCAGACCUGCAGUCUCUUCGAUAUGCUCUCUCUCUCUACACUCAGACCACAGACACUCUCAUCAAAACCUUUGUCCAGAGUCAGACAGCUCAGGUGCAUGAUGGGAAAGGUAUAAGGUUUACCGCUAAUGAGGACGUUCUUCCUGAUAAGGGCUCCGGUGUGGAUGAUCCUGUGGGUGAAGUGUCCAUACAGAUCGACCUGUACACGCACCCAGGGACUGGUGAACACAAGGUCACGGUGAAAGUUGUGGCAGCCAACGACCUGAAGUGGCAGACGUCUGGCAUGUUCCGUCCAUUUGUUGAAAUCACCAUGAUUGGGCCCCAUCAGAGUGACAAGAAGAGGAAGUUCACAACCAAGUCAAAGAGCAACAACUGGGCUCCAAAAUACAAUGAAACCUUUCACUUCAUCCUGGGGAACGAAGAUGGCCCCGAUGCCUACGAGCUCCAAGUCUGUGUGAAGGAUUACUGCUUUGCUCGGGAGGACCGGGUACUGGGGAUAGCAGUGAUGCAGCUCAGAGACAUAGCAGACAAAGGAAGCUGUGCUUGCUGGUGCCCCCUCGGGCGCAGGAUUCACAUGGAUGAGACUGGACUUACAAUCCUGAGGAUUCUCUCUCAGAGAACCAAUGAUGAAGUUGCCAGAGAAUUUGUAAAGUUGAAAUCUGAAUCCCGCUCCACAGAGGAAGGCACCUGAGCUGAGCUGUGUAAUGUUCCCUAUUCUCUUCUGCCUUGUGCCAAUAUGUGCAAGUGUUCAACAAUUCUCUUUUAUUAAUUGCAAAAGGUUUUUUUUCAUGUUGUCUUUGUCAGCUCCGAUAGCGCACGUGUGCUGUAUAGGAAACAAAUCCAUCAAUCUGAUGUGAAUUAUUUAUUUUUUAGUAGCUGGGUAAGACACCAUAGAGAAUGAGACAAUCUCUUCUUAUUUAAGAUGCAAAUUCUGCUUUGUGUAUAUAAAUUAUUUUAUAUUGGAGGCUGGAGUUGCUGGGUUUUGUUGAUAUGCAGCACUGUGAUUUUAUCCUCUGAAGUUGGCAGGCAUUAAAAAGGUUCUACAUAAUCUCACUACGAUGCAAACACACAACUGUGUGGAAAUUGGGAGGAGAUGAUUUGGGGGUUUGACAAAGCACAGUUAUCUCUCAUUGAAUUCAUGUACUGUGGAGCUGCCUGGGGAUCUUCUGUCACAGAUUAUGCCAACAUGAUAUGCAGACACCUCAACAUCUGCUUAAAAAAGGAGGUGGCAGACCGCUCUGGAGAUGCACCCUGGAUGAAUGCAUGUCCAUGGGUGUGCUGCAGAGAGACAAGUGCAGAGGGGCCUAAGAUCUCAUAGCCAAAAGCUGCGAAGGCAACACACCGGGAGCAGGCGGCAGCUGCCCUGCCAUUGUAAUUAGAUCGUGUGUCUCGGAGAACACAAAUCCCCGCGUGCUGCCGGGAAUCCCGCGCCGCCGGGGGGGUGCUGUGAGCUGCUCAGCUCCGCCAGGCACGCUCUGGCUACCGUGACCAACGUGGUAAGGAAGGGAUCAACGUUAGAGCUGUAGAGUUAGAGCCGUGGCAAAUUACAUGGCUGCUAUGUACUUUUUUUCCACUUCAAUAUUCUUUUGUUAGUUUUUGACAGAGGAUUGGAUAAUUUCAUACUUGCAGGCUUUCUGUAGCAUUUUGUUACCCUGGAGUAGCUGAGACCAUUCCUCACUAUGAACCCAGAAACAAUGGCUUGCCUGGGAGAGAGGAAGAAGCCUCCCCUCUGCAAGCCCUCAGUCUGGAGUGCUGGUCAAGGGGCAGCACGUUCGUUCGGUUCUGAUCUUGAAGAUUCUGUGAUUGAUCCACGCUGAUUGUCAUUAAUCUUACGAUACCAUUGAUGAUACCAUUGAAAUAUUUUUGCACUGUCUUAAAGAAGCAUCCUGCUUUUGUUUUCUUGCAAAACAAAACACUGUCCUGAGCGAAGUAAUUGCAGGGAGGUCAGAAUUUCUGACUGAAAAUUCGUAAGCAGGAAGGUCUGGAGUGGUGAUUGCACCUGAGGUAUGUUUGUUGGAGGGUUUUUAUUGGGGAUAUUUUUGCUUUUCCAGCUGCCCUUGUGCUCUGGAAAGUGCAGCUGGAACAAGCCAGUCCUUGCCCAUAAAGUACUGUAAUACUGUCAAUAAAUUCAAGGACUGCAAUUGAAUGACUUUUUUUUUUUUUCCUUUCUAUUUUCUCUGAUACUUGUACAGCUGUAUGAUGUGACUCUUGUAUUUCAUAGGCCUGCUUGUAGAGUUCUGAGACAGCACAUCUGCUUUGUUCUUGUCCAAGGUGUGUUAUAAUAAUGCUCUUCAAAACUCCACGCUAUUUGUCAUGAUUUUGAAUCACUGUACGUGCCAUUGUUAUGAGAACUGUUAGUAUGGUCUUUAAUAAACUCUUUUAGCAGCAUUUGGA